GGGGCGCAAAUACCGCACGUCCAUCUGCUCGUUGUCAUGGAGGAGCAAAGAUGGCGAUACUGGCCUACAGCCUGGGCAAACGGGAAAUAAAUCAGUAUUUUACCAUUAAGAAUGCAAAAUUACUGUCUCUCGUUGCUGUCAUUAUCCUCACUUUGUGCCAUGCAGUCUCUCGGCAUUAUGGAGGCCGGGACACGUGUGAGUGGCUUCUAUCUAAUGGACGGUUCCUAGGAAACAAUGUGUGGCAGCCAUAUGGCUGCAUGAUGCACAAGUACAAAAUUAAUGAAGCGAAAGCUUGCCUCAGCAAUAAGAGGAUAGCAUUCAUCGGGGAUUCUCGAAUUCGUCAGCUCUUCUAUUCUUUCAUUCAGAUCGUCAACCCUGAGACAAGGGAAGAGGGGAACAAGCAUGAAAACAUUCCCUUUGCAGAUAGAGAAUCCUCUGUUAAUGUGGACUUUUUAUGGCAUGCAGAAGUAAAUAAUUCCAUGAAAGAUCAGCUGACAUCAUGGACUGAGAAGCCCUCUUUCAAGCCAGAUGUAAUCAUCGUUGGUGCUGCUACUUGGUCUAUUAAACUGCACAGCGGCAGCAGCGAGUCACUCAUUCAAUACAAAGCAAACCUCACAUCCAUAGCAGUACCAUUGGAAAAAUUAACUGAGCACAGUGAAGUCUUUUGGGUCAUACAGGGUCCUGUCUAUGAAAAGGUCUUGAGCGAAAAUCGUAAGAUGAUCACCAACGAGCUAAUUAACUCGUAUAACGCGGCAGCAUUCAGCGCCCUGAGCAGCAGCAAGGGGAACACCAAGGCAAGGGUGAAGUUCCUGCAGGCCUCACGGCAAGCUGCCAUGGAGACCAUCACACAAUCAGAAGAUGGCCUGCACCUUCCUGUGAGCGCAAGGAAUGUGGGUGCAAUGGUUCUGAUGAACUCCAUAUGCAACAAGAUCCUGAAGCCUAUCGAUGGUUCGUGUUGUCAGAGUGUUCCUCCACCGAGUGUGCUACAGAAACUGGCUGCUGGACUUUUCCUGGUAGCUGCUGUCUGCUUCCUGGUGUUGCAUGCACUUGGCUACACCGGGCACUGGAAGAGCAAACCCGUGUCUGAUGUUGAGAGCGGGGAGGAAAAGAAACCUCCCUCUGCUGCAUUUCCACUCAUUCUCAAGAAUGUGUUACAAUCCAUCUGCAAGAUGGGGAUCAUCAUGCUUUACUUCUACCUGUGUGACCGUGCAGACAUCUUUAUGAAGGAGCAGAAGUUCUACACGAACUCAACCUUCUUCAUCCCACUCAUCUAUAUAUUUAUGCUGGGGUUUUUCUACAAUGAGAAUACUAAAGAGACCAAACUGCUGAACAGAGAACAGACUGAUGAAUGGAAGGGCUGGAUGCAGCUGGUUAUACUCAUCUAUCACAUAUCUGGUGCCAGUGCUUUCAUACCUGUGUACAUGCAUGUCCGUGUCCUGGUGGCAGCUUAUCUCUUCCAGACUGGAUAUGGCCACUUCUCCUUCUUCUGGUUAAAGGGUGACUUUGGACUCUACAGAGUGUGCCAGGUUCUCUUUAGACUCAAUUUCCUGGUGAUGGUCCUCUGCCUUGUGAUGGACAGAUCAUACCAGUUCUACUACUUUGUGCCACUGGUUACCUUUUGGUUUGUGAUCAUUUAUGCCACAAUGGCCAUGUGUCCACAGAUUCUUCAGAUAAAAGCCAAUGGCAGCAGUUUCUGGCACCUGAUCCUUUUACUGAAGCUGUUGGGGUUGCUUCUUUUCAUUUGCUUCUUUGCAUACUCUCAGGGUUUUUUUGAGAGCAUGUUCUCAGUGUGGCCUGUUUCUAAGCUCUUUGAACUACAAGGAAGUGUCCAUGAGUGGUGGUUCAGGUGGAAGCUAGAUAGAUUUGCUGUAAUCAAUGGCAUGCUGUUCGCCUUUAUUUACCUGGUAUUGCAGAAAUAUCAGAUUCUAUCAGAGGGGAAAGGCGAGCCACUCUUCUCCACCAAGAUUUCCAACUGCUUGCUUUUUGUAUCAGUGGUUUCCUUCAUAACAUAUUCCAUAUGGGCGAGUAGCUGUAAAGAUAAGACUAAAUGCAAUGAGAUGCAUCCCUACAUAUCUGUGGUGCAGAUUCUUGCGUUUGUUCUCAUCAGGAACAUUCCUGGUUACGCCCGUUCUUUGUAUAGCUCCUUUUUUGCAUGGUUUGGCAAAAUCUCAUUAGAGCUCUUCAUCUGUCAGUACCACAUCUGGCUGGCAGCUGACACCAAAGGCAUCUUAGUGCUUAUUCCUGGGAUUCCCUCCCUUAACAUCAUCAUCAGCACCUUCAUCUUCGUGUGUGUCGCUCAUGAGAUCUCGCAGAUCACCAAUGACCUGGCCCAGGUAGCAAUACCUAAAGACAGUGGCACUUUGCUUAAGAGACUGCUGGUGACUGGACUCUUCAUGGGGCUUGUUCUCAUGCUGUCUAACAGCAGCUGGGCCUGAGACUGAAGGAGCUUAGUAAACUCUGAGUGAGUUAAAUCACUGGAACAUGUCCUGAUUCAAAUUGCAUUUUAGGAACAGACCCUUUGCUGGCACAGUGCUGCUCACCGAAUACAAGCUGAGAAUCAUGUCUCCAAGUAAAGCCCAGGUUGCAGUUCUUACUUUAUGAAGACAGUGAACACACAUUUUUUCAGAAUGUAUGCGAUGCCUAUUGACUCCUGCAGAACGUUUGCUCACUGACUGACGUUUUAAACAUGAGUUAAUCUGACACAUCACAGGGACGUCUAUUCCACCCAAGUUUUGUAAAGUAUUUAAUGAUUUAAAUUAAGUUUAUGUUGUACAGUCAUGUCGCCUUAAUGUCCUGUCUGUUGUUUUUAGGUUUUGGGGUUUGAUUUUUUUUCUGUUUUUUUGAAUGUUUGGAAUGCCCCAGUUGAUAAAAGAUGAAUAGAGUUUUGUGUUUCACAUUUCAUGCAGUACACGGGCCAACAGACUCUAUUGUCACUAUUCAGUGAAUUACCGUGUCAACAACCACUAUUGUUAAUGUUUCUAUAUUUUUAAUGAAUCCUUUCAGCAGAUCUAAAUUCUCCUAAAUCUCAACCAGCGUAUCCAUGGCUUGUUAAUGAGUGGAACAAAAAAAACCCAUUUAUUAGUAUUAAUUCAUCAAAUUAAGGCUUUAGAGGUAUUAAAAAUUCUGGAACAUUUAUUUAUAUUUGCUAAAUUAAUAAAUCUGAAUAUAUAAAAGCUAUCAAUGGUCUUUAGAAGACCAGAUCUAUUUAUCUGGAUACUUUUGUGUACUACCCUUUUUAAAACAAAUCCAUUUACUCUUAUUACUGAAGUAUAUUGUGGUUACAUCCUAAAAUCUUAGUGUCUUUGAUGUACUUUUAUGUGUAAAUAAAUUAGUUCAUUAUCUGAAGUACGUUCAGGCAUAAUAACGCUUUCAGACAUUUGGACUUUCCACUGGUACAUUUUACUGUCCAAUGAUGUUUCUGUUUUCUCUCCCCUUGCUACAGUGACCCUCUACGCUAAUAAUUCUGUUAUUUAAUAUAAUUUUUUCAAAACGUGUUUUAUAUUUAACCUUUUUUAUGUAAAUGUAACAGUGUAAUAAGUGUUUGAAAAGGCAUUAACAGUGCCUCAUAGUCAUAUUAAAAAGGUCUUUAAAUGAAAUUUUUUUAUACCAGGUGAACAGACAUGUUACACUUUUAUCAGCAAAAGGGUCAAUGCGUGAACUACUGAAAGAUUUUUCCCAAAACGCUGUAUAGUAACGUACAUCUGGAUAUGUGUGAGUUUGUUAAUUUAUUAUUACAUUUGUACAUGUCUCUAACCAAGUGGAGUAAGCUGCUUUCUGUUUAUAAUCCUGUGAUACAAAUAUUAAUGGCAAACCAAACAAAAUAAAUAUAUAAAUGAGAGGGAAAAUCCUACAGACCAAUCUAAGCUAAGCUUUAGUGAAGUUAUGAAUUGUUACGAACAAUAUCAAAUCAUUUUGUGCCGUAUGUAUCUGUCCAGCUCUUACAUUUCAGUAAGUACAAAAAGCUUAACAUACUAUCCUCUGUGUUUUACCAUAUAUUGAUGCUAUUAGGAGGUUGUGUUAUAUCUUUUAUCACUGCUAACAUGAAGUUAAAGAAUACAAAGCUUUCAUUGAAGAUUGAACAUUGGAGUAAAUUUAGACAAAUCACUUGUACACAUAGAAACCUUUAUGCUACAAGAUAGAGUUGUUGUUGUUUUUUCUUUAUAACAAUAGCUGUUUAAAACGAUCCUGUUCAUGAAAAAGUUAAUUUAUUUAUUUCUGUUAAAUUAUGGCCAUGUUUAUCUGAUCUAUUUUAAAACCUCUCUGUAUUCAUUUAUGCUGUUUGGUCAUAAAAAAACAAGUGUACAACAAAGUUGUAUAACAUCCUUUAGUUCUGUAGAUAGAUUUUGCACAUUGUGCCAAUGCAGUCUUCAUCAUCCUCCAUUUAAGGGCCACUAGGUGAAUUAGGUGAUCAGAUGUUUGUAAUUUUAAUUUUGUACCAUAGCUUUAUUUCAUAUGGCAUUUUGCAGAUCUAAAAAAAUCUGCACUAUUUUAGCCUUUUCUUCCAUUAUAGGAAGACAAGAUAAAAAGUAAACAAGCUCUUGUGUAAAAGUAAGCAUUUUAUUUCCUGAAGUAAAUAAUUUGAUGGAUUUACUCCACAUUAUAGCUAUUUAUCCAAUUGUAAAUGUGUGGAUUUGAUUUUAUAAGACUUGUUUUGUAUAGUUUAGUUUGGACUUUUGUAAAAAACAAAAAAAAAACAAAACAGGAUUCCUACCAUGCUGAUGUAAAUAUAACUGUCUUGAAAUGUGUAAAGGAUGUAUUUUCUUUUAGAAAUGCAGUUUUGUUGUUUAAUCAUUGUCAGUGAUAAAACACCUUGCUGAACCUUU